CCCACAUCUGCGCAACUGCUUAUAAAGUGGUAGUAACACUCUAAACUGAGACAGAGUACAAGGAAUGUGAGUAGCUUCUUUUCCAGAGCAUCGUAUAAGAGAGCUGAUAGUCCCUACAGAACACGGAAUUCUGCAGAACAUUUUUACCACCUCCAAGAGUGUGAUUGUGCACAGAAUAACAGCCACCACUCAGAAUAACACAGAAGAGGAUAAGAAGAAGAUUGCACAGAGAGGAAGCACCGUUUUCACUGUUGCUUCUGGAGUGCAUGACCUUUACCCAGGUCCCACAAUGUACUUUCCUGACACAGAUUCUCUGCUCCUGUUCUGACUAAUGUUCCAGCAGGCAGGAUGCAGGGGAUGGUGCAGCCAACACGAAACUCUGCUGAAGCAUUGAGCAGGCUGGAGAGUCAGAAAACACACCUGAAAAAUAUUUGUCUGCAAUAUCAGCUGUAUCUUCUUCUGAAGAGCCAUUUCCUUUGCCUUUUAAAGAAUGAGACGGGACUAAUCAUCAUCUUCCUAUGUGCUUAUGUACUAAAGACAGCAGCAGGUCACUGCAAGUGGGCAGAAGUUCUGAAAGAUUUGGAGCAGAUCAAGACAUCCAGAGACAUUGAUGUCAUUUUAUAUACUGCAAACACAGAUGAGGACAAGGAAUGUCAAGAACCUGUAAUGAGAUGCUUUUUCUUAGAGAUGAAAGUUAUCGUUCAAGAAUGUUAUAUCAAAAAUUGUAGUAAAACACAGGAUGUAGUGAACAUAUUGAAAAAUGGAAACGCAAGGUUAGAAAAUAACAAGAAUUCUGCCACAUCAACAAAAUGCAAAGAAUGUGAAGAAUAUGAAGAAAAAAAUUUUACAGAAUUCAUACACAGUUUUGUAAAGGUUAUACAGAAGGAAUGCAAACACUGACCAGAAGACACAAACUGGGAACCAACAUUAUUCCAUGAACAUGUCUCAGAGAAAUUAGGUUACCACCAACAAUAAACUUCAAAGAACUUUACUUACUGUCCUACUUACACAGCACAAGCAAAGAAUAAUGAAAUCCCUAUGAUUCACAAUGUAUUCACAAUUGAAUGCAUACAAAUGAUAAUACUUAUGAAAUAGAAAUGUAAGGAAUUUAACAAGGUUUAAAGCUGCUGCUUGACUUAGACUGCCUUUUUUUUGGGGGGGGGGGGUAAGACCACCAGAAAAGAAAUCCUGCCUAACUUACCAACCUUGCAAUGAAAUUCUCUAAGAUUUCAGGAUAUCUGCAGUGGGAACCUCCUCAUGAACCUCAGUUCAGGGCUAACUGAGCAGGUUUUCAGAGAAAAGCUUUUAUUAUUAUUAAUAUAAUUUUUUCAUAUCCUGGUAAAGCGUUUGGCUAUCCUUUUACUAUCCAUGUUCCUAGAAGAUCCUAGCUCAUCUGUCACCUCUAUUACUAGUCAUGUGUGAGAGUUUUCCUUACUAUGUUUUUUCUUAUUAAUAUUUCUUCAAUGAACUAGUGUCAAAACACAAGCUGAGGGCUAUUGAUCUUAAAGGUCUAUUGUCUCUCUCUUAAUAUAUUUCUACUAUGGGUUUCAGGUAAACAAAAUCACUUGUUUUAUCUAAGAAUUCAAAGUAUAAAAUUAGAAUAUUUAUUUAAAGAGUCUUCCUUGCCUUUUUUCCUUUUGUACAAUGGUAGUGUAAGGGUAUCAAAAAUUAUCUUCAGACUUCUCAACAGAAGGGAAUGAUGCUUGUGCUCGGUUCUACUGUUCAAUGACAGAACAUGCUUUCUUAGUUCAUUGGCUACCUCUGACACAGACACUACUUUAGUCAUUAUGGCAAUUACUUCAGUUCCUUCAGCUAUUACCAAAGAUUUCAACCUGAAAUUCAACCAAAGAAAAGUAGCAUCAAUUUCAUUCUCUGCGUAAGAUGACCAAGUCUCUUGCACAUUUAAAAAAAAGAAAUUAAAAAAAUCUAUGUGCUGGAAAUAUUUCCUGUCUAAUAGUUUGUAACUUUGGUCCCCUUUUGGGAAAAGGGGCAGGAAUCACUUUUGACCAGUCAUUGGAAAUCAUGAUAACUACAUAUCUGCUUUUUUUAAGAUAACCAUGUCAUACCAACUGCUAUCCGCAACAGGCAAUUCUUUCCUCCAGGAACCUCCAUUUCUCUAUCCUCAUUUGAUAAAUGACUGAGUUAUUCUGUUGUCCACUUAACAAGAAAAAAGUCUCAAUCUCACUAUGGCAACAAAUACACUGCCUGGUACUCCCUUACCGUUGGGUUACUCCCAAACAUCUACCUUCAGUGCUCAGAGGAGCUGAGUCUUCAGUAAACUACAUGAGAAAGAACAUAAAUGUGAGCACAGUCAUCUUACAGGUGACUAAUAAAUUAACUGAUUGGUACAUUCAUAAGCAUAUGGAUAUCAGGAUUAAACACUGACAGAGGUAUCACAGAAGAAAUCAUCAAAUUAUUUGCGACCAACAAACAUCAAUGAAAGAAGUGUUCAUUAUACAGUGAAGUAAACUAUGUUUAAUCUUUAUCUUAAGACAAUGGCAUGCAUUGAAUAUGAUCUUACCUGAUGUCACAUGCAUAGGCAAGCUAACACCAGACUACAAUUGUGGUCUUUAAUCAGAGAUAAAAGGAUUUGCCUUAUUUCUAGCUUUAAAGGAACUUGACACACAGUCCAGCAGUAUUGCUGAUAUAAGAAACAAAUGGCUUCUUUGCUCUUUAUUUUGGGCAUUGUGAAAAUCAGUUACCCAAUUAAUUAUUUUCUGUGUAUUAUUAAAUCACUCGCUAGUGGCAAAUAUGUUAAAUAGUACAAAUUUUCUUUCUGAAAGAAUAUUGCUAAGUCUGUAAACUCAGUCUGCCACCCUGUCAGCCACUUUAUGUUGAAUUUUGACCAUAUCUCUUUAAUAUUUAAUUUCAUCCCCACCUGUUCUAGAUGGAUAUUCUAAAACCAAAAAUCCAUUUGGUAAUCUAGUUCUGCAGUAUUUCUCCUGGAGUUUUCCUCUUCCUGAGAGCUAAGCUGCCAAUAUAAAGCUUUACUACGUCUUGACAGCUAUAAAAAAUGAUCUCUUCAGUAUAAGAUGACUCACAGCAAAGUGUUGCUUUGUUCUCAAAGAAAAAAUAACUCUACCUUUUGAUACCAGAAGUGAAGGAUAAUGCUCUUCCACAGAAGCUCUAGUUACAUAAUUCUAUGUUCCUGAAUUUGCAAUAAAUUAAAAUGUAUUUUCAUUUCCUGGUAUUCAAUAUUUAUAUUUGUACCUAUAUUUUAACAGGAGAAUGCAAGUAGCACUAGUGCAGUAGAUGUCUGACAUCUUCUGCCUUCUUGUUUUAUUGGACUCUGUUUUAUUGGUUGCUCAUCAAUAGAAUAUUGCCUUCAGUGACUCCAAAUAUUUGAGCACUUGUUGAUCAGGUACUCUGCAGAUAAUUUCACAGGAGAUGCUUGAAAAUCCUCACAAUUUAAAGUUGAUUCUGGAUCAGCAUCAGUAUGAAGCCAUAUCGCUAUUAGCUAUAAUACCUCCUUCUUAAAAUAUAACACAUAAGAGAAUUCAACCAAUAAUUUCUGCAGUUCAGAUUUUCUUUUAAACAGUUUGUCUAUACUGCAUGAUCAAUAGAGUUCAGUUUUUGCAAUGUAUAACUGUCUCUCCUUUACAAUUACAAGGCACAGUAUGUCUUACCAGUUUCAUUUCCCUAGCAGAUAUUUGGACCUUAAAGUAGCAUCUGACAAGUUUCUCUAUAAUUUUUUAAAUCAGUGUAAUUUGUGACUAAUUUUAUACAGUGAUUUAAUUAAGUUAGUAAUAUAGCAUUAUCACAGUUGAACACCGAAGGAGUAUUCUCCUCUGGUAACCAAAGUAAGCUUUUAUAUCCUAAGUGGCCCUUUUUAGGCAUUUACCUAUGUGGAUGCAUACAUCUGCAACAAUUAAUCACUGCUGAGAAGUACUGCUUCAUUUGUCCCUUUAACGAAGGACCUGAUAUUUUAGCAGGUGAAACGCUUUCAGUGAGAAGCCGGCAGCCACGGGGACCUUAAGAGUGAGCAAGAGGCAGGCUAAGAUUAGGUCUGUGGCUGCAGGUCUAUAGCUGAUGGUCCAUUUUGCACAGGCAGAUAGAGGUGAAUCCUCAUUGACUGGAGUGGUUUGUAUGAGUGGUUUCCUCUUUUUCUCCAUUCAAAUCUCCUACUAAGGAACGGAUAUAAAUGUUCAUAGAUGCUAGUUAUUUUGGAAAUGCGAAUGUUGUGAAAGCCAGCAGCAAUAAUGGUAGUAGAAAAAAGGCAAAUUCUGAACUGCAACUACCUCUCUGAGGGGAGACCUUAUUAACUCUACAACUACCUAAAAGAAGGUCAUAGAGAGGUGGGUGUUGGCCUCUCCUCCCAAGCAAUAGAUGAUGUGACAAGAGGGAAUGGUCUUAAGCUGCAUGAGGGGAAGUUUAGAUUGGAUAUCAGGAAAAAUUUCUUCACCAAAAGUGUGACAUGAUAUAAUAUACUGUAGAUAUCAUCAAGCACUGGCAGAGGCUGCCCAGGGAAGUGGUUGAGUCCCCAUUCCUGGAGGUUUUUAAAAAGCUGGUAGAUGAGGUACCUGGGGACAUGAUUUAGUAGUGGACAGGUACAGUUGGAGCUGAUGACCUCAAAGGUUUUUUCCAACCUAAUGAGUCUGUGAUGCCUCUCUUAUUGGGGAGAAAAUAUUAAAAAAAGGGGAUUGUUUACCUGCAGUGACGUACCUGGAGCCUCAGCUGCAAUUUCAGAUUAACCAUCUUGUUCAUAUGGCUUUGUGAGGAAAAUAAUAGUUAGAAAUAUAUUUCAGAAGAUCAGUGAAUGUUUCUGGCCUUAUGAUCUCUUUUCUUAAUAAGAUAAAGGACAUUUUCAAUUACAGAGAAAAUUACUGUCCAGUAGGUUUUGCCUCCAGGUAAAGUGACUAGGGCAGAGGCAUGCAGCAAAUCAGCUGUCUUGUGACACAUAGCACUAGAUAAUCAUAUCGGUACCCAUCCCAAAUAUACAAAUUAUACAUACAAUUGUUAGUCUACUCAUUUGUCUAGAUAGCUCGAUCACAGAUAUUGUGAUUCUGCUGUUCACUAAACCCAGACUAAGUGCUCUGUCAUCCUUGUGAAUCUCUUUCUCUGCCUCCCACCCUUUCCCAGUUUAAUGUGGUCAACUUCACAACAGGAUGAAGCUAUUAAUAUUUUGUUGCAUUCCUCAUAAGACGAAUAUGUAUCAAGUAUAUGGGAACAAUAUCAUAAUAAAGUCAUCUAAGAUGAGCCUAGUUGUGAUUAGCAAUAACUCCACUAUUAAAAGAUUUUCUUUUCUCAUAAUUAUGCUCUAAGGUGACUAAGCUGUCACAUCUUCCUUGUAGUAUUGGAAAGCCAGGAAAACUGAAACAUCCACUACAAGAAUGAAAGCCAAGAAAAGGAAGAAAAAGAGAAGUGAGAGCUACUUUAAACAAUAACAGUGAAAGCAAAAUUAAUCCAACUGACUGUGAACCUACUGCAUUAGUUCUUCCUAAGUAGCAGAAUUUGACAAGGAGAUGGAUGGAAGUAAGGGUACUUCUGCAACUUCAAAGGUAAAUAAUAAAUUUCAGUGAGUACUUCUUGCAAUUGCAGUCAAACCAUUCACGUCUUCCCCCAAACAGUUCCACAGAGGGCUUUUGGAAGACUUUAGAAAUUCCUACUUGGAGUUCCCUGAGACAAGGUCAUGAUGGGAUGUCUUGACAGGAUGAUUAAGAAUGUGAGAAUGAACUAGCUGCUCAAAACAAGUGGAUGAAGCAAAAGCAUGAGACAAAAACUUCAUUGUAUCCUUAAGUCAAUGUUGGUGUUCUUGAGAAGAGAAAUAGAACAAAUUCUUACAUAGAAUAAAUUUUUAUCCAAAGUGGCCUUCAUUUGCAACUCAUCCAUAUGAUGGUGUACCUUACUAGCAAUAGAAACUAAGCAUUGUAGCAGAAUUUCUGUUCGGCAUCAGGAGACUGAUCAACAUGACACUGAGUCAUAAUGUAGUGUGGAAAAAGCUGUGCGUUCUCUAGAGGCAGAAAAGAAAUAAUUAAACUUUGCUACUACACUCUCUAUGGAAUAUUACUCACAUGCACUUAAAGAGAAGAAGAAAGCCAUAAAUUAUUAGGUCAAGUACAUUGAAUAAUAAGAUCAAAUCAUCAUGUCUGAGCUGUUUCCUUCCAACUAUUUUCCUCCAAACCCUGGAAAUAUUGGAGAAAUCUCAUCUUGUUACCAAAAGGCUCACUUAGGCCCAUAACCAACACCUUAAAUAAAGACCCAAAGAUAUAAAACCCUCGAAACCCUCUCCUUCUUCUGAAUGGUUUCUAGAGGUGGCAUUUCCUUGGCUAAAUCAAGCUGAUCAGGAAUCAAUUGGUUUUGUAAGAAUGGGGGAGAAACAUCUGUUUAAAUAACUGAGUCUUCUGCAUCAUGGCACAGGCAGAUUGCAACGUAUAAAAGUGAAAAACAUAGGGGUGGCAAAAGAAAUGAAGUUAUAAAAUGAACAGAAGUCAAGGGGGUUUCUGGGAAGCUUGUUUUAACUUUCACAUACACAUGAAUGUCAUCCUGAUUCUCUUUCUUCAGAGAUGAAUGGUGAAUAUUGGUUAAAAGCUUUGAAGCCUCCACCAGGUGGUGAAUAGAGAGGUAAGGAGUUGAAGCAAAAAGCCAGGAGUUAUCUAAGGUGUGAGGCAUAAUCUUUAGAACAUGUCUUUGUGGAAAAAUGAAAUGAAUGAAUGUAAAUACCUUCUUCCUCUAUUGAUCUAUUAUAGUCCAUUUGUAAAAAUAUGCGUCAAACAGAGACGAAUCAUAAUAGAAUUCCUAUCAACCAUGACUCUAAAUCUGUGUCAUCCAAAAGAAUUGAAUCCUUCAUCCUAUUUCUUCAAAAUCUCAUUUCCUUGGGGAACAUAAAUGGGUUUAUAGUCCAAUGGGAUGUCUCCACAGUUCUUUCAACUUUCUAAAACCAUGUAUUUACUUAAGACUUAUCUCAUCAUAUUCAAAUUCCCUAGGCAAGAAAAAAUGACAGCAUGGUUUCACUUCCAGAUUCUAAUACCAUAAAGUUCUGAAUCACAGAAAUUUUGCCUCUUUGAUUCUUUUCCUAGUGAGACUCAAUACUCCACUGGGUUUUCCACUUCAUUAUAUACAGGUCAGAGUUCGACCUCCAUACACAAUUAUGGAAACCCAUUAGUUACUCAGAUGAACCAGCCUGCUAUGUGGCUUCAUAUAUCCGACAGCAACAUCAUUUGUCUUUCAUAUGUCUCACAUCAACUGUUUUUACAGCAUAAAAAACAUUACCUGCACUUUCUGUUCAGCAGGAGAACAUUUGUCUAUGUUACAGGCUUUAACAAAGUUUGCAGCUGACAAACUCUUCUGUUUUACAUCACUUCUCCCUGCGUCAUUAACUCCUUCAGCAUAAAAAAAGGUUCAGUUCUGAUUUCCUACUUUGUGAUUAUAUAUUUAUACAAAAUAUUGCUUUCUUUAAACCUGAUGAAACAGUGCUGAGAAUUCACCAAAUUUUGUUCAGUACUAAAGCCUUCUGUAUAUUUCUGUGGGUGGUUGUUUCUUCCAAAUUAAAUAAACAAGCAUAAUAUGUGACACAAAGUUAUCUGAUACUCAGGGGAUCAACAUGCAGCAUGUAUAUAUAUUUUGUAUACAUUAAAAAGCACAUAUAUACCUGUAUAUAUGUGCUUCAUUUUAUAUUUUUAAUAUU